CGAUCGAGUGUGAUUUGUGACCGAGUAGUGCAUGAAAGUGCGUCGUAAAUAUUUCCACUGAAAAUUAUACAAAGAACUUCUUUUUAUGUGUAAUUAUGAUAUGACAAAAGCUUAUAAUCGAUAUAGUUGAAUUGUGAACACUGUGCAACGAUGGCUCGUGUUUGUGAGAGGUUUUUGAAGACAUUUCUGCCCUUAUUAGGAUGUCUAAUAGUGAUUCACUUAGCAGAACAUAUUCCUACAGCCGCAGCAGAUGGCCACUGUAUAUGGCAUGGCGUCUGUUGGAACAACACUGAAAAUCCUUUUAAGAAGAAAAAUUGUUACUACGAUGGGCCGGCCCUCCCCAUUGAAGAAUCUACAAGGUCAAUCCUAGAGUACUACUGCCCGGAUAUAGCAGCGGGUGGGCUAGCAUGCUGCGACAGUGAGCAACUCAUGAACUUGAAAGAAAAAAUCGCCCCAGCGGAGAACAUGCUCACGAGAUGUCCAAGCUGCUGGGAGAACUUCGUCAAACACAUCUGCAGUCUCACAUGCGCCCCCAACCAAAGUGAAUUCCUGUUCCCGAAGGAACUCGCGGAUUACAAUGGUACAAAGAAACAAGUGAAGGAGGUUGACUAUCAUUUAAGUAUGACUUACAUGUCUGCUACAUUCGACUCAUGUGCACAGGUCCAAAUGCCUUCGAGCAACCAACUGGCCUUUGAUAUACUGUGUGGAGAUUACGCGUCGAAAUACUGCACGCCGCAGCGGCUGUUCGACUUUUUGGGCAACGCCAAUUCACCUUUCGUGCCCUUCCAGAUAAACUAUAUUAGUAAUGAAACCAAAGGCGAUGGAUUUAUACCGAACAACCCUCCCACUACGCCCUGCAAUGUUGGCAAGAAUGGUCAACCGGGUUGUUCGUGCCUGGACUGCGCGGCUUCGUGCCCCGCGCCCCCUCCGCCUCAGCCUCCGGCGCGUCCGUUCAGCAUCCACGGCGCGGACGGGUACGCGGUCAUCAUGGCCAUCGUCUUCGUCAUAUUCACCACGCUCUUCCUCAGCGGUGUGUACUGCUGCAACCAGCAGGAGAAUGCCAUCGAGUGGGCGCGGACGGCGGAAGCUCGACGCGGCGGCGGCCCCGAGACCAGCCCGCUACACAGCCACCGCUCUAGUGUAGCCUCAGAAGGCAAUCAGGACAUGCCUGGUGAACCCACGUCUGGAUGGAACGGGGAACAAACCGACGGUGUCGUUGAGGCAACCUUCUUCGAAAAACUCGGCGCUGCAACGGAAAGAAUACUCGAAGAUUUCUUCGAGUGGUGGGGCAAUAUAAUGGCGUCUAGACCUUGGGUCGUAUUGUUCUGGGGUAUGUGCGUGGUCGUCGCUUUAGGGUACGGCAUGAAGUUCACCCAACUGACGACCAACCCAGUGGAGUUAUGGGCAUCGCCAAACUCCAGGUCACGCAUCGAGCGCGAGUACUUCGACUCGCACUUUGAACCAUUCUACAGGACUGAGAUGGUCAUCAUCAGCUCCAAGGGUUUGCCAACUAUAGAACACGAAACACCUGACGGUACAGUCAAGUUCGGGCCAGUAUUUAAUUCAACUUUCAUGCUGGACGUUUUGGAACUGCAGAAAAGUAUUAUGGCACUAAACAAAGGCUACGGGAUCGAGGAUAUCUGCUAUCGACCGCUGUCAUCGGCGUUUGAGAGCGAGGUGACGCCUGACAACUGCGCCAUCAUGUCGGUGUGGGGCUGGUUCGAAAACGACCCCGAUCUCCUCGACCUGGACAGGAUCAUCUCCUGUAGCAACAAUCCUUACUUGUGCCUCGCACCAUACGGCGGGCCGGUUCUGCCAGCGGUGGCGCUGGGCGGGUUCCUGGCACCCGGGGAGCAGCUCAACAGCAACACCCGCUUCCACGAGGCCACCGCCCUCAUCAUCACCAUCCUGGUCAACAACAAAUACGACAAGGAACAGCUGAAACCGGCCCUCGAAUGGGAGAAAGAGUUCAUCAAAUUCAUGAAAAACUACACUGAGAAUUCAAUGCCAGAAUAUAUGGACAUCGCAUACACAUCGGAACGCUCCAUAGAGGACGAACUGGACAGAGAGACACAAUCCGACGUGUCCACUAUACUCGUCUCUUACUUCAUCAUGUUCGCGUAUAUCUCUAUCUCCCUCGGACGCUUCACAAGUUUCUCGAGACUGCUGAUCGACAGUAAAAUCACUCUUGGUCUUGGAGGUGUGUUCAUCGUGCUGGCGUCGGUGGUGUGCUCUGUGGGCAUGUUCGGGUACGCGGGCGUGCCGGCCACCAUGAUCAUCGUGGAGGUGAUACCGUUCCUGGUGCUGGCCGUCGGCGUCGACAACAUCUUCAUCCUCGUGCAGACCAGCCAGCGCGAGGCGCGCCGCCCCGACGAGACCAUCGCAGAACACAUCGGCAGAACGCUGGGCCAGGUGGGCCCGUCGAUGUUCCUGACGUCGGUGUCGGAGUCGGUGUGCUUCUUCCUGGGCGCGCUGAGCGACAUGCCGGCGGUGCGGGCGUUCGCGCUGUACGCGGGCGCGGCGCUGCUGGUCGACUUCCUGCUGCAGGUCACCUGCUUCGUGGCGCUGCUCGCGCUCGACACGCGCCGCCAGGACGACAACAGGUUCGACGUGGUGUGCUGCGUGUCUGGCACGAAGUCUGCCGAGGGCACGGGCGGUGAGGGCGCGCUGUACAACUUGUUCCGUCACAUCUACGUGCCGUUCCUCAUGAAGCGCGAAGUGCGCGCCUCCGUCAUGAUCAUAUUCUUCGCCUGGCUCUGUUCCUCGGUCGCAGUUGCACCACACAUAGACAUCGGUUUGGAUCAAGAACUAUCCAUGCCCCACGAUAGCUUCCAGCUGAAGUACUUCCAGCACCUCAACCGGUACCUGAACAUCGGACCGCCUGUGUACUUCGUGAUCACCGAGUUGGACUACUCUACCAGGGACACGCAGAAUAUGGUCUGUGGCACGAGGUUCUGCAGACCAGACAGUGUCUCCAACCAACUUUAUAGCGCAUAUCUGGCCGCCAACGAGACGUACAUAGCCCAGGCUCCGAACUCUUGGCUGGAUGACUUCUUCGACUGGUCUGCAUCAUCUACCUGCUGUCGCUACUUCCCGACUAAUACCAGUUUCUGUCCGAAUGACCAUGGAUCUCCAUGCAAGGCCUGCAACAUCCAACUCACUGGUCCUGAAAAACGUCCAGACCAGGCAGACUUCCAGCGCUACGUCCCAUUCUUCCUGCAAGAUAACCCAACCUCCAGCUGUCCCAAAGGUGGCAAUGCAGCAUAUUCAGAAGGCGUCAACUACAAAUAUAUUAGCCCCAAUGUCUCCAAGAUCGGAGCUACUUACUACAGAGGUUAUCACACAGUGCUCAAGACCAGUCAAGACUAUUACUCGGCUUUAAGAGGGGCCAGGACCGUGGCAGCGAACCUCACAGAGACAUUGAACAGGAAUCUGAUGGAAGCAGGAAAGAAUACAACAGUGAAUGUGUUCCCAUACUCAGUGUUUUAUGUCUUCUACGAGCAGUAUUUGACGAUGUGGCCAGACACACUCAAAUCUAUGGGAAUAUCGGUGCUGUCUAUAUUCAUAGUGACGUUCAUAUUGAUGGGAUUCGAUCUGUUCUCUGCUUUGGUGGUGGUGAUAACAAUCACAAUGAUAGUGGUGAAUCUCGGCGGUAUCAUGUACAUGUGGGGUAUUAGCCUUAAUGCCGUCUCGCUCGUCAACUUGGUGAUGGCGGUGGGUAUCGCGGUGGAGUUCUGUUCGCACCUGGUGCACAGCUUCGGAGUGUCCCGCGCGGGCGGCCGCGCGGCGCGAGCGGCCGACGCGCUCGCCAGGAUGGGCUCCUCGGUGCUGUCCGGCAUCACGCUCACCAAGUUUGGCGGCAUCAUAGUGCUUGGCACCGCCAAGAGCCAGAUCUUCCAGGUGUUUUACUUCCGUAUGUACUUGGGAAUCGUGCUAGUCGGCGCGGCCCACGGCCUCAUAUUCCUUCCGGUCAUGCUCAGCUAUAUCGGUUCCCCUGUGAACAAACAAAAGCUGGCGAACCAUAUGCUGCGAGGCAAGGAGAUGACUGUUGCGGAGACGUCACUCACGAGAGUAAGAGACGGCACCGGCCACACAUAUGUUUAUGUACAGACCGUAGCAUAAGUAGAAACAUGUUACACUGCUAAAUAGAAUAGGUCACAACUAUCCGUGACUCUACACUUAAAUUGAUCACUUUUUCAUAUCGUCGUAUAAUAAUUUUGUAAUAUUCUAUAUUGCAGUGCUUUGAACGUGUUUCUACUUCCAACGUGCGUGUACGCACUGCGUGCGGACGAACGAGAAUGUGUCUCAUUACUAUCGUAUUAAAGCUUAAAUUUGUAAUUAUAGCAUAAAAAUAUUUUUCAUUUUUAACACCAUUAUGUAUAUAUAUAUAUAUAUAUUCUCGUUCGUCGUAUACUAACGCCAUAUGAAAUACAAACUCACCGUGAAUCGAGAACCUACAGCUCAUUGCCCUAGACCGCUUGUACUUAAACGAUUUAGUGUAAUUGAGUAAUUGUAAUAAUAUAAAGUAAACGUACAUCACACACUCUUUACCUAAUAAUGAUAAAUAGUACUUUUUUUAAGUAUAUUUUAAUACUUAAAAAAAAAGUUGUGUGCCAAAACAUAAUCUUGUCUCUUGUAGAAAACCUAUUCAUAUGAUAUAAGAAUAAAUUUACUUAAACAUAAAUAUUCGUUUAAUAAUUGCUAUACAAAAUAUUUAAUAAAACAUAUAAAAUAAAAGUACUUAUUAUUAUUAUAAUAAAUUUUAUUUAAUUAAUAUUCAAAGUGAUAGAUUCUGAAAGUUCUAUUGGCAAUAAUUUUUUUUAAUUCCAUUCCUUUUUUAUCUAUGGAAAAUGUAAUGACGUCUACCCGUUAAGAACGACAGGUGUGUCAUUUUUAUAUUGCUUAUAUAUAUUUUUUAAAUAUAAAAAAAGGCGCGUGUGAUGUAUUUUACUAGACGUCGAAAUGGCUGUGUGGGAAUAUGGUUCUCUUCCCUUUGUUAUAUGGCAUUUAUUGUAUUAACAACUUUCAAUAGGUGAUUUAUAGUAACUUUCAAACAUAACCUUAUAAUGCUGUGCUCAAAAAGGACUGGUAUCCUAAACCGUAAAAACAGCAUAAUAAAAAAUAAGUUAUUGAAAGUCUUUUUUUUUAGUCCCUUUAUAAAAAAAAGUAUCAGUUUUAAGGGUUGUAACUAUUUAUUCAGAAUAUAGUCACGUAUUGAAAGUAUAUCGGAUGAGGUAUCUAACGAAUGAGGUUGGUUUGUGGGACGGGACACCUUGCUCCGUACGGAGAUACGAAUAAUUAUAAUCUGCAUGUACCGAUGUCUAGAUGUUACAAUUAACGAUCAUUCCUAUAUCACUUCGAAUUAUAAAUUUAUUUUUACUAUAUUUUUUUUAUUUGCGUAGUUGAAACACCGCCUUUGUAUUGUGUAUUAUUUCACUUUUUGUGGCAUUAUAGCAGACAGUAGUACUUAUUAUCAUUUAUUUUUAAUUAUAAGUACUUAAUCCAUUAGAUUUCUGAAGGCGUAACAACGAAUACUACUUAAUUUAAUGAUUUUAAUUUAUAUCAUUAUAUAGAAUUUCUUUUUUCUAAAUUGAAUAUGACUAAAUAUAUUUUUUAAUUUAAUCUGUAUUUUGUUGGCAAAAAUUUGCUUUACAGUCCCCGCGCUGUGAUUUGUGUUAUACAAUAGUAAAUUAUCAAUAUAUUUAUUUUGUGUGAAUGUUAGUGUAGGAAAUGAAUAUUACACUAUAUUUUCUUAGUUAAUAUUAAAAUUUAUUAGAAUGUCAUGUCGUGAAAUCGACUCGUAUACAUUAUUGUCUAAGUGGAAUAUGCUUAGUGUAAAUUGGGCAUAAUAUUAAAAAUGUAUUAUUAUUUUUAAAUAAUAUUAGUUUUGGAACAAAGUUGGUAAUAUUUGAAUUUGGUAUAUGAAUGUUAUGUAGUCGCCUGGAAAGGGAAGUGACCUUCAGGUGAUUUCAAAUUAAGAGAUUCAAGCAACAAAAAAAAACAUUUGGCCUGUAAAUAAUUGCUACAGUUGUGUCAUAGUCUAAACAAACUUAUUGCUGACAGUUGUAUGAUAUCUGUAUACAAUAUUAUCUAUGCAUUCAAAUUAUUAAAAAAAAAGUUGCUAUUAAUAUUGCACUGUACAAAAUAUUCACAGUUGAAACUGUACAUGCUUUUAAUUAAAUAAAUGCUUUGCUGUUUUAAUAUACUUAAACCACAUCAAGAAUUAUUUAAUUUUAUAAUUAUAGUUGGAACUAUUAAAAUGCGUUAAGUAAUCAUAUACUGGAUUGUUUAUUGCAAAUGGAGGCAAAUAUAAUAAAAUGGUGACGGAGCUACAUACCAUAUAUUUCAAUGUGGCUGUUUAAAAUAGAAUUUCGCGCCUUUUCCCUCCGUAGUUACAGCUCCACGUAGGCGAACACUGCAAACUACCAUUUAUUAUGUAGGUAGUACAUAAUAUUAAAUAAUAUUUGUCUUAACAAUUCAUAUAUCAUAAACAAACUGAGCUGACUUAGAAAUAACAAACUGGUGAAGGUAUUUUAUAAUUUGUCCAUUACUUCCUCACAGUACUAAUAUUAAAUGUAUAUUUUACGUUAAUAUCUGAUAAAAGAAAUUAAACUUUAUUCCAUUAGGACUGAAAGGUGAUAUUGAAAAGUACUUUAAAUUAACAGUUUUGUAUUGAUAAUCAUUAUUCUGACAGCAUAUGACUGUUUAAAUAUGACAUCACUAUAGCAGUAUACUACAUGCCCUUUGUCAACUGCUUAGGAAAAAAGUAUUAACAUGCGAUAUAUGUAUGCAGUCGAUGCCACGAAAUCACAAAUUAUAUUGUAGUUCUACUUAUUGCUAUGCACUUUGUAUAAUUUUUUCUAUCUAUCUUUUAAGUAUUGACUAACGGUAUGGGUACAAUAGAUUUUUCUAAUUAAUCCUGGUGAAUGUUGCACCUGAGUGACACGGUGAAGGCGAACUCCAUAAUUUUGUAUCACCACAGACCUCUGAAAUAUAAGGAGCAUCUGUUCUUACAGGUCACGCCUGUAACCGCAACGAAAUAAGAACAAAUUUAAUUUAUUAUUCUUUUAUGUUAAUUACGAUUUUUUGUAAUUUUGUUUUCUGUAUUAUUAUUUUGUUUUCUAUUAGGUAACCCUCUAUGUUCCUACUAAAAUAAUGUUAAUGAAAUGCUAUACAAUAUUGUACCAUAAAUAUUACACCGUAAAGUAAAAUGUUGAAAGAACCAUAGACCAUAUUGGAAUCUCUUACUUAAAGUUAGUACUUAAUUUAGAGGGUGUAACUUCUAUCCAAAGGUAAUGGCUUAAUAAUGUUAAUGUACCAAAACGAGUAUCAAUGAAAUAUUUUAGAAAUAAAUAAUGUUUUUUUUAU